CGGUGAAGAGUAACUGAAUAUGUCAGGCAGUGACAGAUUACGCCACAAAACCACAAACUGCGAGAAGACCAUUGAGAAAAGGAGCUAUUUCUCAAAGUAACCUCAGCUCACCCACUUAGCCUCCUCUCAGUCGUGGUUAUCAAACCCGCUCAGUGUCAUCGUGGUCGGAAGACUGAAGUAAAAAGUGAAAAAAGAAGAUGGGGAUGAGGAGGCUGAAUGUCUGGUGAAGAGAAGAAAGCAACAGGGGGACACUCAGAGACGAUGGAGAGGGGAAACAGAGCAGUUAUCGUGGUUUUUCUGCUCUGGGUCAUCGCAGAAAUGCCAGCAGAAGGUAACACGAUGGAUGUGUGUGACACCUGCCACCCUAACGCCACAUGUGAAGACAAGUCAGACGGCUCCGGCAAAGUUUGUAACUGCAAGUACGGGUUUGUUGGAAAUGGGAGAACCUACUGCCAAGAUAAAGAUGAGUGUCAGAUAGGAUCUAGUAGGAUCUGUGGGCAGCACACUACCUGCCACAACACAUAUGGCAGCUACUACUGUACCUGCCUGGGUGGCUACAGUCCUUCUAAUGACAUGGCCACGUUCAUCCCAAACGAUGGAACCCACUGCCAGGAUAUUGACGAGUGCAGGAUCCCAGGUCUUUGUGGAGAGGGAGGUCAAUGCAGAAAUCUUGAGGGCAGUUUUGAAUGCAGCUGCCAGCUGGGAUAUCAAGUCCACAACGGACUAGAGCCCUUCAAUCCCCACACAGACAGAGCUUUCUGCAAAGUGGUUGACUGUGGCCGGCCUGCCUCAGUGGAGGACACAGUGCUGCUGUCAGUCACAGGGACCACAUACGGCAGUGUGGCCAUGUAUGUCUGUGAUGAAGGCUUUGUGAGGAAGAGUGGAGACAACAGCUCUGUGUGUGGAGCAGAUGGACGAUGGAGAGGACCCACCCUGGUCUGUGAAGAGGUCGACUGUGGCCCUCCCCCUGCCCUCCCUAACUCUAGCAUGCUGUGGAAUAAGCUCUCGAGUUUGGGCACCAAGGUGCUUUAUCUGUGUAAUUCUGGAUUUGAUAAUGUUGGAAAGGGCAACAUAUCCAUCUGUAAUGCUGCUGGACAGUGGGAGAUACCGUCCGUGCUCUGUCAAGAGAUCUUGUGUGGAAAUCCUCCAAUAGUUGAAUCCACCGAGCUGGUGUGGGACAGUAAUUCACGCCCUGGCAGCACUGUGCUCUAUGUUUGUAAAGAGGGCUUUUAUAACAAAGGAGGGCAUAAUGUAUCGAUCUGUAAUGCAAACGGUCAGUGGACAACCCCAGCUCUGUCAUGCCAAGAAAUAUUAUGUGGGGAUGCUCCUAUAGUGCCUCAUGCUGGGCAAGUGUGGGAUGGCAGCUCCACUCCUGGAACCACAGUGACUUACUACUGUAAAACAGGAUUUUAUCAUAAUGAAGGAAAUAACAUGUCACUGUGUACAAUUAAUGGGUACUGGACGAAACCAAACAUCUCCUGCAAAGAAGUUGACUGUGGUGUGCCCCCAUACAUCCCUCAGUCAGUCAUGCUGUGGGAUAAAAUCUCCACUGUGGGCUCUCAGGUUGUUUAUCAGUGUAACUCUGGAUAUAGCAGUGCUGAAGAGGGAAAUGUAUCAGUUUGUACCGCCAGUGGAGAAUGGGUUGGAGCUUCUCUCGUCUGUCAAGAAAUCAAUUGUCCAAAGCCUGUUUAUAAACCUCAUGCUAAAAUGUUUUGGGACGGCACAUCACGCGUUGGCAGUGUGGUGUAUUACCAAUGUGAGGACGGAUAUAACACCAGGAGCCUGAGAAACUACUCAGUAUGUGGAGAGAAGGGACUGUGGGAGGAUAUUGAUCUUUGGUGUGAAGAAAUAAGCUGUGGCCCCCCACUAACCCUCCCCCAUACUAACCUCCUGUGGGAUGGCACCAGUAGACCAGGCAGUGUGGUGCUGUAUGAGUGCAUGGAUGGAUUUUACCAUUGGAAGGGAAAUAAUAUUUCCACAUGUUUACAGUCAGGACAGUGGGGGAAAGUAUCUGCGAAGUGUAAAGCAAAAUGUGGACCGGUUCCCUUCCUCCCCAAAUCAGAGGUGGCGUGGCAUAACAGGAGUGUUGUGAUCCACCGCUGUGUGGAUGGAUAUCACAGCUGGCGGGGCAGCAAUAUGUCUGUGUGUGGCAGCUCUGGAGAGUGGCAGAGAGCUACGCUGAGGUGCAUAGAAAUAAAACCACCUGUCAAUCACCUAUUUGUGGUCAAUGAAAAAUGUCUGCAUUGGAGAGCAGAGAAGUAUGAGGACGAUACAGAAGUAUACAAGGUGACAUACACAGGAUCCAGAGACUUCCAGAGGUCCUUUCAUGAUAAAAGGAAGCGAUUUCUGAGCUCUAAGUCUGACCAGCUGGAACUCUGUCUGAACCUGCUUCCAGUCACAAACUACAGCAUCUCCAUCACUGCAGUGUCUGCCAGAUUCACAGUCACCGUCACCACAAACACCAGUUUACCAGUGCCUCCAGCACCAGUUGUCUACUACAGAGAAUUUGAGACUCCUGUACCAACUUUGAGGCUACGCAGAUCGCCCGACACACUGGACCCAAUAAGUGUGUACCAGGUGUUUGUGCUUCCUGCAGAGGGGAUUAUGGUGUUUGACUGUUCCUCUCCUGCAAACUCAGACCCCUCGAACAAAGUGAAGUCCCCAACAGAGUACAUCACUGCUCAGAUUGAUGUCAGACAUGUUGGGACAGAGAUGAACUUUACUGUAGGGGAUGGACUCUACUAUGGAGGCUUUUUUAACGCACCACUGGAGAAUGGAAGGAACAAUUAUAUCAUCUUACGAGCUGUCAGUCAGUGGCAAUCGGCUUUAAAAAGUUCCUGUGUCCUGUGGGCUAAAGUACGAGGUACAUCGUAUGUUCUGAAGGUGUCCUCUCUGUCGGCUGCUGCAUUAAUAGGAGUAGUUGUCCUGGUCAUUUUGGGUGGAUACUGUUUCACCUGGUUUUUCAAGAGGACAUGAUGCUCACAUAAGUGCUGAUAUUCUGUCAUUUUUGUUUGUCG